UAACUACGACGUUCCGGUGAUUGAACGAAGUAAGCUAAGUUUUCCUGCGUCCAGGGAACAGGAGGUACGCGGCCCGAGCCCAACGGGCGGCAUUGCGAGAAAUAUGAGGAUUCGCUCGGGAUGCGCGGCUGUAUUAGCGCUGCUACUGCAGGCCGCUCUUGUGGCGAGCAAAGCUGUAGAUCAAACGCAGCGUUUACAACAACAGACUACAAGCGUUAAAGAGGCGCAAAAACGAUGGGGAGGCGAUUCCGGUGGCGAUUACGGCAGUCUUGACGGUGGUGACAUUGGUGGUCACUAUGGUGGCGGUGAUGUCGGCCAUUUUGGUGGCGGUGAUGCCGGCCACUUUGGUGGUGGUGAUGCCGGCGGCCAUUUCGGGGGUGACGGCGGUCACUAUGGUGGCGGUGAUAUUGGAGGUCAUUUGGGCGGUGAUGUCGGUGGUCAUCUAAAUGGAGGUGAUAUCGGUGGUCACUUGAGUAUUGGGGGUGAUAUCGGUGGUCAUCCAAGUGGCGGUGACAUUGGCGGAGGCAUCGAAGCACAUGGAGGCGACGACCAUCAUCAUCAUCAUGAUGAAGGCUAUUGGAAAAAGAAAUUAGUAUGGAAGCCAGGUUGGAAGAAAAUCUGGAAACCUGCGAAAAAGCAAAUCUGGAAGCCUGCAUGGAAGAAAAUUUGGAAGCCUAUUUGGGUGCCAACGCAAAAAGCGGUGUGGAAGGAGAUUCAAGUACCGGCCUGGAAGAAGAUCUGGAAGCCCGUGUGGAAAGAGAUUCAAGUGCCGGUGUGGAAGGAGAUAAAAGUGCCAGCCUGGAAGCAAAUUUGGAAGCCCAUCUGGCAACCAAUCAAGGUACCUGCUUGGAAGGAGAUUCAAGUACCGGCGUGGAAAAAGAUUUGGAAGCCGGUUUGGCGAGAGAUUCAGGUACCAGCGUGGAAGGAAAUUCAAGUACCUGCUUGGAAGAAACUUUGGAUCCCCGAAUGGGUAAAAAUUGGUAUACCAGGCCAUCAUUAUCACGGUACGGAUCAUCACGGAUGGCAAUAUACCAGUCACGAUCUCUGGAAAAAAAAAUUGAUUUGGAAGCCGGUGUGGAAAAAAUACUGGAAAACGGUGAAAAAGCAAAUUUGGAUACCGGAUAAGAAACUCGAGUGGAAGGAAGCCUGGAAGCAGAUAUGGAAACCAGCGAAAAAGCAAAUCUGGGUAGAAGACAAGAAGCUGGCUUGGAAGCCGGAGUGGAUACAAAUCUGGAAGCCAGGUAAGAAACUCGUCUGGGUUCCUGACAAGAAGCUUGAGUGGAAGGAAGCUUGGAAGCAGAUCUGGAAAACCGAAAAAAAAUUAGAAUGGAUACCUGAUAAGAAGCUCGCCUGGAAGGAAGCGUGGAAGCAGAUCUGGGUGCCAGCUUGGAAGGAAAUCUGGGUACCAGCAUGGAAGAAGAUUUGGAAACCGGUCUGGAUAUCCGAAUGGUUCCCCAACGAGGACCAUCAUCAUCAUCAUGGUUGGGAUCGUAAGGAUUCGCAGACGCAAAAUACACAGGUUGUACCAUACAGCCCAGAAACCGCUCUACAGAAGAGGCAAGCGCAGCAGCAGCAGCAGCAACAGCAGAAGCAGCAGCAACAACAACAGCAGCAGCAGCAACAACAACCACAACAGCAGCAGCAGCAACAGCAGCAGCAACAGCAACAGCAAAUACAGCAACAUCAGACAGAUACUAACAAAAUCAGAUGGGACAGAUCUUUUCAAGCAAAUCUGCCAACGGUAUUGCAGCACCUGGUACCACCGCCAGCUAAUCAAAACGGAGGUCAAACCGGCUUCGGGUUUCCCGGCCGCUAAGAUAAAGCUGGAUUGAGCUCCGUGUAAAAUAAUCUUGCACUGUAAUCCCUGAAAAUGCUUGUACAAACAUCUCUAUAAGAGAGUACUGUAACAUAAAUCGCUGUAUAUAUUACGUUUUAGGAAAGAUUAAGAUAAGUCGCGUAUAAAACUCUAAGUUACCCGAAAUUGUUCGACUGAUUGUGUACUCGCUGCUCUUCGGAGUACCACUCUUUGAUGCUUUAUAACUCUUAUCUUUUCCACUCCCUUGUUUUCUUUUUAUACUCACGUUGUUGUCAUCCCAAUUGUUAAUUCUAA